AUGUGGUUGACCACUCCGUUGCUGUUCGCCAGCACCCUCCUGGGCCUCACCGGUCUUGCUCUAGCAGACAACCCCAUCGUCCAAGACAUCUACACCGCAGACCCAGCGCCAAUGGUCUACAAUGGCCGUGUCUACCUCUUCACCGGCCAUGACAACGAUGGCUCUACCGACUUCAACAUGACCGACUGGCGCCUCUUCUCGUCAGCAGACAUGGUCAACUGGCAGCACCAUGGUGUACCGAUGAGCUUGAAGACAUUCAGCUGGGCCAACAGCAGAGCUUGGGCUGGACAAGUCGUUGCCCGAAACGGAAAGUUUUACUUCUACGUCCCUGUCCGCAAUGCAAAAACGGGAGGAAUGGCUAUUGGCGUUGGUGUUAGUACCAACAUCCUUGGGCCCUACACGGAUGCCCUCGGAAAGCCAUUGGUUGAGAACAAUGAGAUCGACCCAACUGUGUAUAUCGACACUGAUGGCCAGGCCUAUCUAUACUGGGGUAACCCUGGCUUGUACUAUGUGAAGCUCAACCAAGACAUGCUCUCCUACAGUGGAAGCGUCAACAAGGUUUCGCUCACAACUGCUGGAUUCGGCAGCCGUCCAAACAACGCGCAGCGCCCUACAACCUUUGAGGAAGGACCCUGGCUGUACAAGCGUGGCAAUCUUUACUACAUGAUCUACGCCGCCAACUGCUGUUCCGAGGAUAUCCGCUACUCGACUGGACCCAGCGCCACUGGGCCUUGGACUUACCGCGGUGUCGUGAUGAACAAGGAGGGCCGAAGCUUCACCAAUCAUCCUGGCAUCAUAGACUUCGAGAACAACUCGUAUUUCUUUUACCAUAAUGGUGCUCUUACUGGUGGUAGUGGGUACACUCGGUCUGUGGCUGUUGAGAGCUUCAAGUAUGGUUCAGACGGUCUGAUCCCUGAGAUCAAGAUGACUACACAGGGCCCUGCUCAAGUCAAGUCUCUGAACCCAUAUGUCAAGCAGGAGGCCGAGACCAUCGCUUGGUCUGAGGGCAUCGAGACUGAAGUCUGCAGUGAAGGUGGUCUCAACGUUGCUUUCAUCAACAAUGGUGACUACAUCAAGGUCAAGGGUGUCGACUUUGGUAGCACUGGUGCAAAGACCUUUAGCGCUCGUGUUGCCUCAAACAGCAGCGGCGGUAAGAUCGAGCUUCGACUUGGUAGCAAGACGGGCAAGUUGGUUGGUACCUGCACGGUAACGACUACUGGAAACUGGCAGACCUACAAGACUGUGGACUGCCCUGUUAGUGGUGCUACUGGCACGAGUGAUCUCUUCCUUGUCUUCACGGGGACUGGAUCUGACUAUCUGUUUAACUUCAACUGGUGGCAGUUCAGCUAA